AUGCCCCGGGAAGCCGGGGCGUCGGCAGUGCACCUGGGAAAGCGAGGCGAGACGCCUCAGGCCAAUGUGCUGGCCGACACCAUCAAGUCGUGCAGCUACUGGUAUGACAACUACGAAGGCGAGAGCUGCGUCGUGGUGCGGGAUUACAUGUUUGCCAUCUCCCCCGAGACAUUCAGCCGCUGGAACCCGUCGGUCGGUCUCGACUGCAGCAACUGGCAAGACUGGACCUCGUACUGCAUCCAGGUCGCCAGCGAAGAGCCUCCCAAAACCACCACCACCACGGCGAGCACCACGACGACUGUGCCCGCGCAGUCUCAGACGCCCACGGCCGUGCUGACGGGAUGGAACCCAAUGGGCUGCUUCAUCGACGACCACACGUUGGCCACCGAGUCGACGAAGGCUGGCGGCAGCAGCCUCACUGUGGACAAGUGCCAGGCCGCGUGCUGGAGCGAGGGCUUCCGCUACGCCGGCGUCAAGUCGGGGACCGAGUGCUGGUGCGGCUCUUUUGUGGGCGGCGACUGGGCCGCAAACCAAACCUCGUGCAACGUGCCCUGCCCCGGCGACGCGAAACAGACGUGCGGCGGCAAGGCGCUGCUGCUCGUGUUUGAGGCUCAGGUCAAGACGGAUCCUCUGCCGCCCAUCAGCAUCCCAUCGACCACCUCCCGCACAACUGCUAUUACAUCCUCGUCCGUCUCGCUCACUUCGUCAACGUCGACACCAUCGAGCACUGCACUUCCACCCAUCUCCUCUCUCCCAGCCUGCGGGCAAACAUGUUUCUUGAAUAUGAUCAACACAUACUCAUCCCUUGGAUGCUCCACCCCCGAUCCGGCAUGUCUGUGCCGCAAUGUCAACUUCGGCUAUGGCAUCCGGGACUGCUCAAAUGCAGUCUGUGGAGUGACCGAUGCGAGCGCACGCACUAGCAACUGCUACGGGUGGAACGGCAACUCCAACUUCAGCUACAAAGACCACUUCCGCAUCUUCCACAACCGCGAUCACAAGCCUGCCAACUUGCGGUCAGACAUGUUUCAACAACAUGCUUGCGCAAUAUGA